CCACUGACACCAGAGCCCACCAGGACUUUUCCGGGUAUCCCGAGGGGCCAGUCCGAAACUGAACUGAGCAGUUUCUAGGGGGCCCCACCUAAAGGCCAGUUAAGGUGAGCUUUGGAGAGAAUGCCCAGCUAGAAGGCAAAUUAGAGUCAAAGUUGGGGAUAAACGUUUGUUUGUUUUUCUGGCUACUCUUGGUACAAAGGGUGAUCCACCAAAGUUCUCCUGUAACUGUCACCUGCUUGUGGGCUAUGGAGGCCCUGAAUGAUUAGUGAGCUGAAGAAUACUGGAAAGUGAUGGACUAAUGUGGUCGUGAUACCAUUAGAAGAGCCGCUUGCAUGUGUGUUAGUGGUAGCAAUGUCUUGGCCAUGCACUUGUGUAGGAAGGUUGCCUACACUGCUAUCUGAGACCAUCAACCUCCUAACCACCCUUUAUAAUCAACGACAACAAAUGGGCAGAUUCAAUUACUGGCUAUGGGCCACCACGUAAUGAGCAUGUGCAACACCACUGUCACUCAAAAGAUGGACCAACAAGAUCCAAGUUGGGGAGCUGCCUGGGACAACUGGUAUAAAUCAUCACUGUUAUAGGGCUGCUAAACCUCUGGACCGGUGCAUAUAUUCAUAUUUAACUAUUCUAUUAUUCUCCUCUUGGUUUCUUUACUUGUUGGUUUAAGCAAGCUUGCCCCCCACGAAAAAUAAAUUCCAGUAGUGAUCAUUAGGUCCUUGGUAUUCGGAAAAAAAAAGAAAGGCAGUUGGUGCUGCUAGAGGGGGGCAACUAAGCCCCGGAGAUUCUUCCAUCCUUUCCAGUUGAUGGUUUGUCUGCCUUGGGUAUUUACAGUAUAUGCGUCUCCUCUUUCCUUGGGAGGGGUCCGUGUGUGUCUCCGAGAGGGGAACAACAUUACGUGCGGGAUCGGGGGCUUUUUAAAUUUGGAUCUUGCGGCAUGUUUCUGUUAAUGGGAAGAGAGGGGUGGGCUCUCUCUGACCUUGAGUCACUAGGACUGGCAUUCCUUUGAAGAGAUGAGCCUGAGAUUGGCAGGGGCAGCUGUAGCCCAUGGGUGGGGGCAGGGCCCGUAGCUGGACACCUCUCCCAAACCAGUAGUGUGCAUUUCUGACUUCCAAGCUGGCUUCCCCAAUGUUUUCUCUUCCCUGUUCAAUUACUGCCCUGGCUCCUGAGCUGCCCAUUUCCCAAACAGGACCACCUGUCAUCCUGUCUCUCAUGCCAAGCCUUGAGUGAAACCCUCCAUUCUUUGGACGCUGAGCUUCCUAAUGUUUUGUAAGCCAGACGGGCUCUGCAGUGGCUCUGCAUACCCAGGAUUAUAUGAGACUUUCUGGUGCCGCGAUGGGUCAGGACCAAACCAAACAGCAGAUCCAAAAGGGCCUUCAGAUGUAUCAGUCCAACCAGACAGAGAAGGCUUUGCAGAUCUGGACUAAAGUCUUGGAGAAGACCACUGAUGCGGCCGGGAGGUUCCGGGUUCUUGGCUGCCUGAUCACGGCCCACUCGGAGAUGGGAAGAUACAAGGAUAUGUUAAAGUUUGCAGUGAUCCAAAUCGACACGGCUCGGGAGCUGGAGGAGCCAGACUUUUUGACCGAGAGUUACCUCAACCUGGCCCGUAGCAACGAGAAGCUCUGCGAGUUCCAGAAAACCAUUUCCUACUGCAAGACCUGCCUCAAUAUGCAGGGAACCUCGGUCAGCCUCCAGCUAAACGGACAGGUGUGCCUGAGUCUGGGCAAUGCCUACCUGGGCCUUAGCGUCUUCCAGAAAGCCCUGGAAUGCUUCGAGAAGGCCCUGCGCUACGCCCACAACAACGAUGACAAGAUGCUGGAGUGCAGGGUCUGCUGCAGCCUGGGAGGUCUCUACACUCAACUUAAGGAUCUGGAGAAAGCGCUCUUCUUCCCAUGCAAGGCGGCAGAGCUGGUGAAUGAUUACGGGAAAGGCUGGAGCCUCAAAUACAGAGCGAUGAGUCAGUACCACAUGGCGGUCGCUUACCGCAAGUUGGGCCGUUUAGCCGACGCAAUGGAGUGUUGUGAGGAGUCAAUGAAGAUCGCCCUUCAGCAUGGAGACCGACCGCUUCAAGCCCUUUGUCUGCUCAACUUUGCCGAUAUCCACAGAAGUCACGGUGACAUUGAGAAAGCUUUUCCCCGCUACGACUCCUCCAUGAGUAUCAUGACUGAGAUCGGUAACCGCCUGGGUCAGACCCAUGUAAUGAUAGGAGUGGCGAAAUGUUGGCUCCAUCAGAAGGAGAUGGACAAGGCUCUGGAUUGUCUCCAAAAGACCCAAGAGCUGGCGGAAGAUAUUGGAUAUAAGCACUGCCUGCUGAAAGUUCACUGCCUGAGUGAGAUUAUAUACCGGACAAAGCAGCAGCAACGCGAGCUCCGCGCCCAUGUGGUGCGAUUUCAUGAAUGUGUAGAGGAGAUGGAGUUAUACUGUGGAAUGUGUGGGGAGUCCAUUGGGGAGAAGAACUGCCAACUUCAGGCACUUCCGUGCUCCCAUGUCUUUCAUCUGCGGUGUCUUCAGACCAAUGGAACCCGAGGCUGCCCAAAUUGCCGCCGAUCCUCUGUGAAACCAGGCUUUGUGUGAGGACAACAAGUGCUGGAGAUGUUUUUAUAUUGAUGCAAAUUCCAGGGCCAGGCGAUGACCUGCAUUAUCUGGCCAGUGAUUCCAGUUCCAGCUUCAUUUUACAGGCAUCAGACUGGUCCAAUGUCUAGGACUCUUGGUGGGACAGUCAGAAGUUCUACUCAUGGCCAUACACAUGCUUCUGAAUUUGGGAUGACCACACCGAGAGCUCAGCAAGCUCGUGUUGGCAGGACUGGGGUUUCAGAAGUUAUUUUUCUAAUAUUUUAUACCAUGGUGCAGCCAACAAAAGAGGCAAUCGGAGAGGAGAAGGACCUUGCUGUCUCGCUGAUAUAUCUAGCAGAUAUCAUUUGUUUAGUGUUUCACUAUGCCAUAUAUGCAUUCAGUUGGAGAUUUCAAUCCAGCUGAGAACCUUCUCUGUGCUUGGACUUUCCCAAGAACCUACCUCCCUUGUCUAUAAGGCAUAACUCAUCCUGUUGGGUUACUGCUGUACAAAUGCCGCUCUGCUUUCCUGGACCUUAUUUAUAGCACCCAUGUAUCUUGAGUGUCUGCGUGUUCUAACUCUAAUAAUCUUCAUUUUUAUUGUGUCUGUUAAAGGAACAUAAUUUGUUUUUUCAAGUUUUGUAUUAUUUUUAGGUUUUUCCAACUCCAAUCUAUUCUUUGAAAGACUGUAUGUGUAGAGUUUUCUGGUGGUCUCUGUUUUUGAGGGGUGGGGGCUGGUGCAAGGUUGUGGAGAGGUCUUAAAGUGAACUUCACCAAACCCAUCACAAGAGAGGUUGUAGUAUUUUCCUUUUUUCUCCCAAGCUUCAGAAUGCAGUUUUUAACCUUGCCUAGGCAGCCAUUGUCCUUAUUACCUGUGUUACAAGAUGAAGCCAGAAGGUGGUGUGGUCUGUGUGUGAUCUGGGCUGAAAUGGAACUCUCCCUAACAAGGGCAGAGUAAUUAAGUGCAGUUGUGUAACUGCAGGGGUGCAGGGGGCUAGUACUCCCUUGUGGCCUACUAGUGCCAAUAUAGAGGAAUAUUGUGGGCCGAUGCUAGUUACACUACUGAAUAAGUAGGCCAGUUAGAGUCAGUAAUUAAAGGGCCCCAAAGGGGCUCAAUUAUUACCCCUCUAGUUACCUGAGCCCCAGUUAGGGGUGCCAUUUUUUCUUGAAAAAAAUACCGGCCUUCCUAUAUUUUAUUGCAUUUUCCCUAUUAAUAACAUUGAGAUUAAGCUUGUACAACAGGGGGACCCAGACCAUUCAAAGAAAUCUACUUUCCCCUGCCUACGGUGGGCGCAAAUGGUGGGAGUGAUGGGUUGGGCUGCAAUGCACCUCCAAAGUUUUUUUUGUGGAGGGGCCCGAUGCACUGUUACGAUGCUGCUAGAUCCUUCCAACAAGUAAAAUGGGACCCAAUUAAAAAAAAUGGCCAUAGCAUGCACAGCUACACCCAGCGCCGGAUUUUACUUCUGGGCGCCCCUAGGCCGCGCGGUCCAACCAGGUGGCUGCGCGGUCCUAGUGCCCGCCUUCCCAGCACGCCGGUGAAAAAACGCAGUUGAGCGGCGGCUGGGCGGCAUGCCGUCCCUAUUUCUUUGCUGCCCUAGGCCCGGGCCUAUGCGGCCUUGCUGCAAAUCCGGGCCUGGCUACACCCCUAAUCUGCCCAGCCACUCCCCAAUUAUGCCAAACUCCUCCCCCCCAUUCAGCCUGGCCACUCCCCAUUAUCCUGCGAUCCUAUCAAACCCUGACCACUCAUCACAAGCCCUGCUGUUUCACAACUCAAGACUCAAGCUUUUCCAUCAUUGCUACAGGGCCCCUGACUAUGGUACCCCCUGAAACUUGGGUUGCCACCUUUUCUGGAAAAAAAUACAUAUUUAUCUUUUUUCCCAAUUAAUAACAUUGGGAUCAACCAUCAUUUUUACCGGCCAGGAGGCAUCCCUACCUGAAACCCUCUGAUGGCAGCCCUGGGUCCAUUUGUAGUGUUGUUAUUGCUGCAGCUGUGAAAUCUAGGUUGUUGCUUUUGGUUUGGCUCAAGCAGGACCGGACUGGCAAUCUGUGGGUUGUGGCGAAUGCCAAAGGGGCUGCUGUAAGUUGCCAUAGAUAAUGACUAUUUAUUGGGCUGGUGGGGGCUGUUUGGGCCCCUGUUUGGGCUGUAUGGGCCUUUGUCUACCCAAAAUGCCAGGGCCUAUUUUGAAUCUCAGUCCAGACCUGGGCUCAAGGGGACCCAAAUGGUUAUUUUUGAAUUGCAGGGGCAGAUUUUAAUUCAAUUAAAGCAAUUAAAUUCAGAGAUAUAACAGUCGAAUGUCUGUAGAGUCUAGAGACAAUCACUUCAUCAUGAGUAAGUUUGCCAGAAUGUCUUGCAUCGUGCUUUGCAUUUACCUCUGUUAUCGUCUGCUCAACUGCACCUCCUGGUGAAACUGCAAGCGCCAAGUGCUGUAAUGUUACAUCCAAACAAACACAAUCCACCUCAUUUUGUUUGUAUGUUUACCCGUAGCAGCAUUUUCUUUUUCUUUCUUUACCUGUUUGCUUGGAGUAUCUUUUUUUAAAACUUUUGUUUUAUUACUUGUGUCUGAAUGGUUCUGAUUAAACCAAGACUAAACAGAAA